AAGAAACCGUUUCUCCAUGAUCAAGAGAGCCCGAAACAAAUGACAAUGAUACAGUGCAACGUAGAGUCGUAACCAAUUUCCACACGAAAGUCCUUCGAUGGGCCAAGGCCGACACAGAACACGGCCAUCCCAUCAUUUCAACAGGCUCAACUCAAAAGACACCGAGAAAGGGCUCCGACAAAUACAAAGGCAAAGACAAGAACAUAGAAAACAAAUUGAGUUCUGAAACCAGCAACAACCCGCCUUCUUGUUGUACAGAAGUCUCUCGGUCUGAUUAUGGAGACGUUGAUGGAGAAUGAGGAAGAGCACGGCCGGAGAGAAGUGAAGCUGCCAAGUUUGAUACCCUUAGUGCCGGAGCCAGAGCUGGAGAGAGAGACGGGGGAGAGGAGGCAAGGCCGGGACAUACUGAUAGCUGUGGAUCACGGUCCCAAUAGCAAGCACGCCUUUGAUUGGGCCCUCAUCCACCUCUGCAGGCUCGCUGAUACCCUCCAUCUCAUCCAUGUCGUUUCCAGCGUGAAGAACGAACUCGUUUACGAGACGAGCCAGGGGCUGAUGGAGAAGCUUGCUGUUGAGGCCAUUCAAGUUGCCAUGGUAAGGACUGUGGCUCGGAUCGUGGAAGGGGAUCCCGGUAAGGUAAUUUGCAAGGAGGCAGAAAGGUUGAAGCCGGCAGUGGUAGUCAUGGGUACAAGAGGCAGAAGCAUCAUCCAAAGGUUCGUCCUCCCUCCCUCCCUCCCUCCCCUCCUCUCCUCGUUUGUCUGGCUGUCUCAGUUAUAUUAUUGUUGGGAUUUCAGUGUACUGCAGGGAAGCGUGAGCGAAUAUUGCUUCCACAACUGUAAAUCAGCACCUGUAGUAAUUGUGCCUCGAAGAGAGGCUGGAGAUGAGUCUUUGAUAUAGGGUAAUGGCAUGCAAUAAACUGUAAGUCCUGAGUGUUGUGAUGUCAAUAAGAGCUUGCUUGGUUGUAGAUAGUUGCUCAUUGUUUGUGGAAGACAGUUUUUUAUUUUGUGUGACCAGAAUAAGCAUUAGAUGUUAGUGUGACUGAUUUGUAAAGCACAUAUCAAUUUAUUGAUUUGAACUA